AUGGAACACGUCAACUACAGUGAUGGGGACACGUACAAGGAACGCGUCAACUACAGUGAUGGGGACACGUACAAGGAACAUGUCAACUACAGUGAUGGGGACACGUACAAGGAACAUGUCAACUACAGUGAUGGGGACACGUACAAGGAACAUGUCAACUACAGUGAUGGGGACACGUACAAGGAACACGUCAACUACAGUGAUGGGGACACGUUCAUGGACCCCGCCAACUACAGUGAUGGGGACACGUACAAGGAACAUGUCAACUACAGUGAUGGGGACACGUACAAGGAACACGUCAACUACAGUGAUGGGGACACGUACAAGGAACAUGUCAACUACAGUGAUGGGGACACGUACAAGGAACAUGUCAACUACAGUGAUGGGGACACGUACAAGGAACACGCCGACUACAGUGAUGCGGACACGUACAUGGAACACGCCAACUACAGUGAUGUGAACACGUACAAGGACCACGCCAACUACAGUGAUGGGGACACGUACAUGGAAAACGCCAACUACAGUGAUGGGGACACGUACAUGGAACACACCAACUACAGUGAUGGGGACACGUACAUGGAACACUCCAACUACAGUGAUGGGGACACGUACAAGGAACACACCAACUACAGUGAUGGGGACACGUACAAGGAACACGUCAACUACAGUGAUGGGAACACGUACAAGGAACACGCCAACUUCAGUGAUGGGGACACGUACAUGGAACACGCCAACGACAGUGAUGGGGACACGUACAAGGAACACACCAACUACAGUGAUGGGGACACGUACAAGGAACACGUCAACUACAGUGAUGGGGACACGUACAAGGAACACGCCGACUACAGUGAUGCGGACACGUACAUGGAACACGCCAACUACAGUGAUGGGGAAACGUACAUGGAACACGCCAACUACAGUGAUGGGGAAACGUACAUGGAACACGCCAACUACAGUGAUGGGGAAACGUACAUGGAACACGCCAACUACAGUGAUGGGGCCACGUACAAGGAACACGCCAAUUACAGUGAUGGGGACACGUACAACGAUUAUGUCAACUACAGUGAUGUGAACACGGACAUGGAGCACGCCAACUACAGUGAUGGGGACACGUACAAGAAACACACCAACUACAGUGAUGGGGACACGUACAAGGAACACACCAACUACAGUGAUGGGGACACGUACAAGGAACACGCCAACUACAAUGAUUGUGAAUACAUCAUUACGUCUAGAACCCUACAGUUACAUGAAGCAUCUAUACAAAACAAUAAUGUAGAAUAA